AUGUGUCUGCUCACACUAGUGGUCUCCAUCCCUGCGCUCCGCCCACCGGCCUGCAACAGCAACAAUCAAGACUGCACUGCAGGUUUUGCCCUCCCUGCCUAUACAUUCCAAAUUGGGAUCUUCUACUGCACACAAUACGUCCUUGCUGUCGGCACAGGGGGUACCAAGCCUAACAACUCCACCAUGGGAGCUGACCAAUUCGACGAAUCCCACCCUAAGGAGAGGAAGCAAAAGCUCUCCUUCUUCAACUGGUGGAUGUUUAGUAUCUUCUUCAGAACCUUGUUUGCCAAUACCUUCCUUGUAUAUAUCCAGGAUAAUGUUGGACUCUGUGCUAGGCUUUACCAAUGGCAGGACUCUUGGCAUAAGCUGCCUUCUGGGAGCCCAUUUACCUCAAUGCUUCGUGCUUUGGUGGAGGCUUCUCAAAAAUGGGAUGUUAAGGCCCCUGAUGACAGCAAGGAGAUUCAUGAGUUGGAUGCUGCAUACUAUGCUAUGAAGGGCUCGUGCAGGAUCGACCUUACGCCUACGCUAAGGUUUCUGAGAACCUAA